AUGCUGCAGGCUUUUUCAAAUGUAUCUAACAAAAUUUGGGUAUUUGUGGAUGAUGACCAUGGAGUUGACAUAGUGUAUGAUUUGGAACAACAACUGACUUUGAAGCUCACAAAUAUGGAUACUCAGCUAUCAUUUAUGGUCACCUUUGUAUAUGCAAAAUGUGAUUCCAUAGAGCGUAUUGAGCUGUGGGACAGCUUGUACAAUCUGGCUAGUGAUAUGUCCUUACCUUGGCUUGUGGGAGGGGACUUCAAUGUCAUAUGGGAUGAAGAAGAAAAAUUUGGAGGGCUUCCUGUUUCUUUGAAUGAGAUCAAUGACUUUAGGCACUGCAUUAGCACUUGUAACCUCGGUGAUCCAGCCUUUAGAGGUAGCAUCUAUAUGUGGUGGAAUAGGAGAGGCGAAGAUGACUGUAUUUUUAAGAGACUGGAUAGAUGUCUGGGCAAUAUAGAGCUGCAACACGUAUGGCCUAGCAUAGAGCACUCAACUUUCAAGGAUGUGGUGUUACAAUAUUGGAAGGCAGACUUCGUAGGUGAUCCAUUCUUUGUGUUCAAUCACAAGCUUAAAAAACUGAAGAAAGCAUUAUCAAUAUGGAGUAGGGCUACAUAUGAUGACAUUUUCCAAAGAAUUGCUACUCUUGAGGAAGUGGUUCUAGUUCAUGAAGCUCAAUUUGAGAGUGAGUUUUUCCAAGCUCAGUUCCAUGAAGAAAUAGUUCCGACAUCUUUUGAUAUUCUUGAUCAUGUUCCAACACUGGUGAAUAAUGCCCAGAACUUGGAGUUAGUUCAACAACCUACGAAAGAGGAAGUCAGACAUGCAGUAUUUGGAUUAAAUGGUGAAAGUGCAGGGGGUCCUAGUGGCUUUACUGGAUGCUUCUUUCAGUUUUGUUGGGAUAUAAUUGGUGAUGACAUUGUAGACAUGGUGAAGGCCUUCUUUAAUGGAUGUGAACUGCCCAGAUAUGUGACGCAUACUAAUCUGGUCUUAUUACCAAAGAAGAAAGAAGUGAUUACUUUCUCAGAUAUGAGACUUAUUAGCCUUAGCAAUUUUGUUAAUAAGAUGUUUUCUAGAGUUGUGCAUGAAAGACUAGCAGUAUUGCUUCCAAAUCUCAUAUCUGAAGAGCAAGCUGGUUUUGUAAAGGGAAUGAGUAUUGUAGAGAAUGUUCUCUUAACUCAAGAGAUCAUUAAAGAUAUUAGGUUGAGAACCAAAGUUGGGCCAAAUCAUCAUGGGUUCUUUAAAUCAACAAGAGGGGUGAAACAAGGUGAUCCAAUAUCACCUACAUUAUUCAUAUUGGCUGCAGAAGCAUUGUCAAGAGGGCUGAAUUCAUUGCAUAGUAACCUAUAUUUCUGUGGCUUUAGUCUUCCCAAGUGGAUCCCAAAGAUUAAUCAUCCGGCAUACGCGGAUGAUACCAUUAUAUUUUCUUCCUCUGAUGCAACAUCACUGAGAUUGAUCAUGGAGGUAUUAGCAGGUUAUGAGAGUGCUUCAGGUUUGGGAGCACUCUAUUUUGUUACUCCUCCUGAUUUUGUGUGGGAUGAAUCCAUACAAAACAUAUAUGAUGUGGUGGACAAUGGUGAAUGA